AUGAACCCAGCAUAUCUAGGUGCCUAUCUAAUUACAGUGCUUCAUGAAACCCCAGCAGAAAGUAGCUAUGGUAGCCUUCAUCCACGGAACUGGCAAACUACCAGGAAAGCCUGGGUCAUCGGUAUUCUGGUGUUCCUGGAGUAUUUCGUUACUAUUAUCGCUACGACCGGAUCUGCAGCUGUCCACUAUGCCCACACAGACUUUCCCGAAGAGAGCAACAAGGCAAUGAUAGCCUCAUUCGUUUCGACAUAUUCGUUCGGCCAGGCCAUUGGGAGCAUACUCCUUCCACAAUUCACCGAACCAUUUGGUCGUCGGCAAUUCUAUCUCUGGUCAACUGGUGCUUUCAGCGUGACAUGUGUCAUAACAGGUGUUACACCAUCACUUGUGGGUGUUGCUUUUGGACGCUUCCUCGGGGGUUUCGCCUCAGCAGUGCCCGCUGUGGUUGUUGCUGGUUCAGUAGAAGACUUGUUCGACGAGCAAAGCAGGAUCUGGCUAAUAUGGCUGUGGAAUUGCCUUACCGUAGCUGGACAAGUGCUUGGACCAGUCUAUAGUACAUAUAUCGCUGCAAGGCUUGGCUGGUCCUGGGUAUACUAUCUCGCAGCCAUUGUCACAGCAGCACUGCUGCCACUCGUCGCCUUGACCCCGGAGACUCGCCACUUCAAAGUCCUCGCCAGUCACAGACCAACACACUCUAAGUCCAAUGCAAAAGAUAGAGCUGCAAAAGGUCCAGACGCUCAUCUGUCUCUCCGUGAUAUCCUCUGGCGACCGACAGUGUUACUAUUCACCGAACCCCUGGUGUUCGUCGCCACAGCACUGAGCUCGUUCUCUAUGGGGUUAAUAUAUCUGUUCACAGAAGCACUGAGCACAGUAUACACGUCUCCAGGAUUCGACUUCCCGUACGAAAAAGCAUCCUUGCCUUUCCUAGCCAUGUUGAUAGGUAUAUCCUUCAGUAUCUUUACACGUAUGUACGAUAUGUAUCGCUACAAAAGACACAGCAAGAUGAAAAAGGGUACCGCCGAGCUAAAGUUGGCAGGCUGCCUGUUAGGUGCUCCAGCACUAGCGAUCGGCCUGUGGAUAUUCUCAUGGACGAUUCCUCCUGCAGCCCCUCACACCUCGCCUAUCGUUAGCAUGAUCGGACUCACGCUCAUCGGUUUCGCGGCCACGGAGAUCGCAUAUUGCCUACAAGGGUAUCUGACUGACGCAUACACAGCUUAUGCGUCAUCUGCGCUGUCCGGAUUAGCGGCGAUGAGGGCAUUGGUGUCUGGCAUAAUGCCGCUGGUUGCAGGAAACAUAUUCGAAACACUGGGGAACAACAAAGGUGGCAGCAUCCUUGCAACGCUCGCAACCGUGUUUGCAAUUGGGCCGAUAGCUUUCUACUUCGUAGGUGAAAAGCUUAGAGCUAGAAGUCCCUUUGCCAGGUCUAGUGUCAUUGUCGAUGUUGUCUCAAGGCCUAACACAUCCAGACGUCCUACUGUUCGUUCAGUAUAG